AUGUCUUUGUUUUCUCGGCACUUGAUCCUUAUCGCGUCGUCGGCUCUUUUUCUUUUGUUCAUCGCAAUAUCGUUAGCGACGGCUAUCCAGAUUCGCGGUAUAUCGCCGCAGAUCGUACAGAUUAGCUCUGCGCAGGCUGCUAAGAUUGGGGAUGAUGAAGACGUGGUGGCGGCCAAGGCGCUGCUGAAUGGCACGGAAUUUGAUCGGGGAGAUGUGUUUAAUGGGAGCAGCGUUAUAUCUGGAUUGCCGCUUGCAUCUACUCUCAUGACGAUGACGUUGGGGUCCACUGACACUGCGAAAACACUUGUGUCAUCUACUUUGGAUAAAGCCAUUCCGUCUACUGCUACAGUAAAAACGACUGUAUCCACUGUCCUGACGAAAACGCUCGGUUCCACUACUUUGACCACGACCCUCGUAUUCACCACUACCGUAGCGAAAUCGCGCAUAUCCACUACUACUACAACGGAAGAAGGCGUACCCACCCUCAUGACUGAAACAGCAGAAGGUGUAAUCGGGUUCACCCCAGAACCCCAAAGCAGCGCCAACUGGGACGCCGAGGGCGUCUUAGGCCCCAAACCCACACCUACACCAUCCCGAGUUCCAGCCCCCAAACCCGCUGCUCCCCCCGCCCCGCAACUCCCCAUCCUCGCCCUCACCUACUCCGGCUCUGGCGGCCCCAAACACUGCCGCGGCAAACUCCUCAAAAAAUCGUACUUCCCGCCUCCCCUGGAAAAGUGGAAGAACGGAACUUGCAUCAACCUACCCGGCGAAGCGCGCUGUGGCGUGUUUUUCUCGAACAAAGGGGAUAAUUGCGAGGCGCAGCUAUUCAAUGAGGGGGAUUGCUUGAAUACCACGAGUACGUAUAUCAAUACUGUGGUUUUUAUGCCAGAAGAGAGGCCUGUGGGUGCGCUUUGGAGGAGUAUGUUUGUCCGGUGUGGGGUAGAGGUGCCGGAGACGAAGAUGUUGGAUCCGAGUAUUCUUGGGGGUGCGCUGAAGAGACCCGGUGGUGGUCAUGGUUGA